AUGGCGGAGAGCCCGGGGCGGGCCCCGGAGCGCAGCGAUGUCCCGCGGGAGGGAGGCGAGGACGAGGCGGCGCCCCCGGACGGGCCCGCGGAGCGGCCGCGGCCGAGCGCGGACAGCGGCUCCCCCGAGAGCCCGGGGACACCGAGCGCGGAGCAGCGGGACCCCGGCGGGGACAGCCCGGGGCACGAGGGGCAGCCGGGCGGGGAGCCGGGGGUGAUGGACGGGCCCCAGGGCUCCGCGGCGGCCAGGGCAGAGCCCGAGGGAGAGGCGGUGGCACCGGCGGGGACGGAGCCUGAAGGGGCAGCCCCGCGGGGGAUGGAGCCCGGGGACGCGGCCGCGGUUCCGACGGGGACGGCGCAGGAAGAGGCAGCCCCGGCAGCGGCAGAGCCCGAGGACGGCGCCGUGGCCCCGGCCGGGACGGAGCCCGAGGGCGCAGUGGUUGCUCCGACGGGGACGGAGCCCGAAAAAGCAGCACCGGCGGGGACGGAGCCUGAGGGAGAGGCGGUGGCCCCGGCGGGGACGGAGCCCCAGGUAGCAGAGCCCGAGGAGGCUGUCGCGACAGCCCCGUCCGGGACAGAUCGCGAGGAAGCUCUGAGGGAGGAAGCCCCGUCGGGGACAGUCCCUGAAGAUGCGGUGCAAGAGGCAGCCCCGACGGGGACAGAGCCCGAGGAGGCCGCGGUGACAGCUCCAGCGGGGACAGUCCCCGAGGAUGAAGCGCAGGAGGCAGCCCCGGCUGGGACAGUCCCCCAGGAGGCUUUGGGGACAGACACCGAGCACGCUGUGCAGGAGGCAGCCCCGGCUGGAGUGACAGCUCUGGAGGAUGAGGUGCAGGCUCAGGAGGCAGCCCCGGUUGCUGUGACAGUCCCCGAAGAGGCGCUGGGGACAGUCCCUAAGGAUGAGGUGCAGGAAGCAGUUCCGGCUGGGACAGCUCCCGAGGAGGGGACAGUCCCUAAGGGUGAGGUGCAGGAGGCAGCUCAGGCAGGGACAGUCUCUGAGGGGGUGCUGGGGACAGACCCCGAGGAUGAGGUGCGGGAGAGAGCUCCAGCAGGGACAGUCCCGAAGGAUGAGGUGCAGGAGGAAGCCCCGGCAGGGACAGUCCCCGAGGAGGCGCUGGGGACAAUCCCCAAGGAUGCAGUGCGGGACGCAGCCCCGGGUGAUGUGACAGUGCCCGAGGAUGCGGUGCAGGAGGCGGUCCCCGUUUCUGGGACAGUCCCCGAGGAGGCGUUGGGGACAAUACCUAAGGAUGCGGUGCGAGAGGCAGCUCCAGCAGCGACAGUGCCCGAGGAGGUUUUGGGGACAAUCCCUAAGGAUGAGGUGCAGGAGGGAGCUCCGGCAGGGACAGUCCCCGAGGAGGUUUUGGGGACAAUCCCUAAGGAUGAGGUGCAGGAGGCAGCCCCGGCAGGGACAGUCCCCGAGGAGGUUUUAGGGACAAUCCCUAAGGAUGAGGUGCAGGAGGGAGCUCCGGCAGGGACAGCUCCCGAGGAGGUUUUAGGGACAGUCCCCGAGGAUGCGGUGCAGGAGGCGGUCCCGGUUUCUGGGAGAGUCCCCGAGGAGGUUUUGGGGACAGUCCCCGAGGAUGCGGUGCAGGAGGCGGUCCCGGUUUCUGGGAGAGUCCCCGAGGAGGUUUUGGGGACAGUCCCCGAGGAUGCGCUGCGGGACGCAGCCCCGGCAGGGACGGUCCCUGCGGAGGGGAGCGCGGAGGCUGCCGAGAGCCGCGGGCCAGCGCAGGUGGCCUUGCCCGCCCAAGGGCUCCCGGCUGGCGGUCCCCGGUCCCCGGGCGGCCCCGCUGGCGAGGCGGAGCGGGGACAGCCAGCCCUGGUGGGGACAGGAGCCCCGGGGCCGGCGGCCAGCGGGAGCCCGGGCCCCGAGAGCGGCUGGGAUCGGAGCCUGAACGGGGAGCGGGACCGGGCGCAGCACCGGGAGGACGGGACGGGCUCGCCGGGCGCCCCGGAGGAAGAGGAGGAGGAGGAUGAGAAGCAGGACCACGACAUCUCCCUCUUUGUCAAGGCUGGCAGCGAUGGGGAAAGUAUUGGGAACUGCCCUUUCUCUCAGCGCCUCUUUAUGAUCCUGUGGCUCAAAGGGGUCAUAUUCAAUGUCACAACCGUGGAUCUGAAAAGAAAACCUGCGGACCUGCAGAACCUGGCCCCGGGCACCAACCCCCCGUUCAUGACCUUCGAUGGGGAAGUGAAGACCGAUGUCAACAAGAUCGAGGAAUUCUUGGAGGAGAAGCUGGCGCCGCCCCGGUAUCCCAAACUUGCACCGAAGCACCCCGAGUCGAACUCUGCAGGAAAUGAUGUCUUUGCAAAAUUCUCUGCAUUUAUAAAGAACCCGAGAAAAGAUGCAAAUGAAAAUUUGGAAAAAUCUUUGCUUAAAGCCCUGAAGAAGCUGGACAACUAUUUAAAUAGCCCCUUGCCUGAUGAAAUCGAUGCUUACAGCACGGAGGAGAUCACUGCUUCCAGCAGGAAGUUCCUGGAUGGAGAUGAGCUCACUUUAGCAGAUUGCAACCUCCUACCAAAGCUCCACAUAAUCAAGGUUGUUGCAAAAAAAUACCGAAAUUUUCACUUCCCACCUGAAAUGACAGGGAUUUCCAGAUACUUGAAAAAUGCAUAUGCAAGAGAUGAAUUUACAAACACGUGCCCUGCUGACCAGGAGAUUGAAUAUGCCUAUUUGGAUGUGGCAAAGAGAAUGAAGUAACCAGAAGAUGCCUCUGUUUAUUGCUUCUGUGAUGGGCAACAGCCAAGCUGGAACAGCAAAAACCAGCAGAGAUUCUGCGGUGUGAUUCUAA